UGGUUACCGAUUUCCUAAUUUUUUGUAUAAAGCCGAUCGGUUGAGCUCCGAAUUAGCUGUUAAAUCUUGGGAAAAUAGAACUACGUGAAAAGGAAAGGUAUAAGCAGCCAGCUUUCGAGGCUUUUGCUGUUGCCAUGGAACUUACAUCUAAAGAUUCACCAAUUUUAACUGGGGAUUCCCCUCAGCGACCUUUGACCUCAGAAGACGUACCAAUCAGGAACCCCUCCCCUCCGCCAGAGGGAAUUCUAACGGGAGAAGACAAAUCUUUGCUGGAGGCUGACACCAUUCAAAACACUAUGUUUAGCAAGCACUGGGUGUUUUCUAUCCUUAUGAAGUUACUUCAGCAAGUAGAGAAAGAGAAGAAUUUACAGACAGAGGUUGAUGCUGCAGAAGAGCAUGAUGGGAUUGAUAUUGACGAAGAGCUGGAGAAUGAACUUUGUCGUCUGUGGGAUAUGACUGCCAACGUGGAAGUGGCAAAAUUCUUACAAGAGUGGAAGUCUCCAGACAUAUUCCUGAGCGUCAUUUCAAAGACAAAUGCCCCAAGAAUUACAGAGAUCUGUAUGGGUGUGUUAGGCAACAUGGCAUGCCGUUCAGAUAUUAGGAGAGAAUUCAGUAAGAACCAACAACUCAUUGAUCUUAGCUUUGGGCUAAUGAGUGGCAGUGAUGCCCCGACCAUGGUUGAAGCGUCUCGUCUCAUCUAUACUUGCCUCAAUGACGAAGAGAGCGCCCCAAGGUGGCUGGAAACGGUCAAGAAGGACGGUGAUGUUCUGAGGAGUGUCACUUUUAUCUUACAAAGCUCUACAAACAGUGAUUUGAUCCACAAUGUUGCUGACUUGCUAGACCAGUUACUGGACCUAGACGAUGGUCUACUCCAAGUCUGGUCCGGUCCUGUCCUCAUCCAAGCCAUUACUGAAGCACUCAAUCAAAUCAGUUCUGAUCGAGUGAAUACCCUGUCUCUUCUCCAUCAUUCUCUGCAAGUCAUCUCAACAACAGACUCAGGAAUAGAUGGCCUAGUGGAGCUGAGUGAGAAGGUUCACCCUCUUGUAUCAUCCUUCAUCUGUGACGUGUUUGAGGAUGGAGUGCUGUCCAUGAGAGGAAGAGAGAACACCCUCGCCUCGGUCAUCUCCGUUCUCAGCGUAAUGGUGCUACGGUCUAGAGACGUUAGUAAACGGCUUGCACAAAAAGAGAGUAGAACGAUUAAACAUCUCACAGAGAUGCUGUAUAUCAUCCACCGCAAAGAGGCGUCGCCGUCAUCACGGAAACUGCCCACCAACCAGGACGCGCCCCCCGCCGCUCCAGCUCAUCCAAACAACAAUCACCGAGAGAGUGCAUCAUCGGAUAAACAAGAACCACAGAAGAGAGAUGGUGGGCGUGGUGAUGGUAUCUCGGGCGGAGGAGGUGAUGGUUGUCAUGGUGAUAGGAGAAAGGAGGAGGAGGAGGAGAAUCAGGAGAAGGUUUGGUUGACAGAGCUACUGAAGGAUCAGCUGAUUGAUUUCUUCUGCUGUAUCUUAGAAGUUGCUAAGAAGGAUAAAGCACUCCAACAGAGACUGCAUGCAUGUGGGCCUAAGAGACUUCAAGCCAUAGCCGACUGUCUUCCUGAAGAUAGAAACGAUCUCUCGGAUCUGAUGGGAAACAUUCAAGGAAAAUCAUGAACUGUCGGACCUCAAGUGGGCAUGAGCCAUCAGGAACAGCUCACAAGUAAUCCAGAGAACAAGCCUUUCAGUCCUACCAGACGACACUUUUGAUAUGGAACACUCAUGGAGCAUCAACCUUGUGAAGAUUUACUCAUCAAAACAGUUGUGGAUGAAGUCUUCCAUAACCUUGGUGUUUCAAUCCUACUAGGCAACUCCUUUGAUAUGGAACACUUGUGAAGUAUCAACUCUUGGAAGAUUAACUCAUCACAACAGUUGUGGCUAAAGUCUUCUAUAAGCUUGGUGUCUUCCUUACUUCCAACGUCAGGUAGCAUGUGUUAAGCAGCACCAGUAGUCACAAGCAGAGACUGCAUGCAUGUGGGACAAAGUGACUAAAAGCUGUAGCCAACUGUCUUCCUGAAGAUAGAAACGAUCUCUUAGAUCUGAUGGUAAACAUUCAACAAACAUAAUGGAAUGUCGGAUGUCAGGCAGGCAUGAUUCCUCAGGGAUGGUUCACCCAUAAUCCAGUUUUGGGCGAUACAAAGUAAUUACGACAUUAUAUCCCAGGGUGCUAUACUUAUUUGGAUUUGGAUAGGGAAUCCAGAUCACUCUUCAGGGUAUGCAUGCACAAUCCCUAUUUAGGAAUCCUGGGUGUCUAGACUUAGAUUAUGGGCGUCCAGGGGGUGUUUCACAAAAAUUGCCAUCAGUGACAAAUGACAGUUUUUGUUAUAAGCUACUGAAAUCCUUGCUUGUCAUUGGUUAUCUGCAGAUUUGUCAAUGAAUUUUGUCAUUUGUCAUUAAAAAAAGCCUUUGUGAAACGGGCGCCCAUACGCUGUGGGCACCUGUUAGUGUCGCGUCCUGCUUAUCCCAUGCAUCAUGAUCCUUCUUGACGGUACUACCUUCUGCUCGGGCAAGCUCUGCAGUAUCAACUCGUACAGGAUUGACUCAUUAUGCAGUCGUAGUUUGGCACCGACUCAAUGGACCAGAUACUACUUAUUGGAAGCUUCCUCUAUCCAUACAUGCAUGCUCACGAUGACCUGGGAUAACUUCUUAAAUCAAAAUGGCUAUACUUAGGGUGACCCUCUCAAUUAUGGAAAGCUACACUCAUCCCUUUUUUUCCACACUGUGGGGUUGGACGUUUCAUUUCUCUUAUGGCCCUUCUCCAAGCCUUGGUCAGUUGACACGUUAUCUCUGAACUGGUCUUCUAUUAAAGAUAAAGUUCAGUUCUGG